AUGGAGUACAUUUCUGCAAUUGUCAAAAGUCCCUCUGCCGAAGUCACCCUGGAAGAAGCAAUUCUGAUCCUCAGUGAUCGCUUAUUAAACUCAAAACUACCAUCAGAUAGGCGAUCUGCGAUUUUGGGAUUAAAAAACUUUAGUAGACAGUACAGAGAGAUAGUUGUUGAGUAUGCAUUGAGGUCACUUUUAAAAGCAGCCACAAUUGACAAAGAUGAUCCCAUUACGAUGAAAGCAAUCCUUGAAACGCUUCUCAUACUUUUUAUGAAAGGAACAACGACGAACGAUGAGAAGAAUAAGAAUAUUGAAAACCACACUUUUCCGCGAUCACCAAACGGGAAAUAUGUCUCCCCCUUGUCUGUCCUGCUCGAAGUUGAUCAAUUUUCCUUAUGGAUUGCUGAUGAGACCACCUCAACUCCAGAGUAUUUGGCCUGCUUUAUACAAUGUUUGCAGAAUCACUCAAACUUUCAGCUUAAGCAUUAUGCCAUUCAACUAAUCGAAGGUCUUCUCAUCACAAGACCCUUGAAGACAAAAGAUUUGUUCACAAAAAUCACAACAUCGGUCUCUGCAAUAGUGUCUUUAUUGAGUGAUGAACACGAUCAGGUAAAAGGCGAGGCAAUUAUACUUUUGAUUGCUUUGGUGCGAGACUCAUAUGACAUUCAAAAGCUUGUCGCCUUCGAGAACACAUUUGACACUGUAUUCACAAUUUUGAAAGAAGAAGGCGGUCUUAGAGGUUCUGUGAUUGUUCACGACUGUCUUUCACUACUUCAUAGCCUAUUGGCAUUUAAUGCCUCAAACCAGAGACUAUUUUUAGAAAGUGGAUGCAUUUCUAAACUUUCUCAAUUGAUUGAGGACCUUGUCGGUCCUUCUCUCGAUCACACCUAUGAAAACGAAGCGCCUUCGACCGAGCUUUACUGGAAUCCUCAGAGAAUCAAAAACAUGUUGCUGACAUUGGAUUUGUGCAAUUCAUUUGUUGAAAAAGACAAUCAGGAUUCAAAUUACAACCAGUUGACUUUUUUCGAUUCAGGCGUUUUUCUUCUUCUUUUGCGAGUGGCCUUUGCGAACAACAUGGAAGGUUCGAUACGCUCACAAGCUUUGAUAGUGACUGGCAACUUAAUGGCUGGUAACAAGGUUUUGCAGUAUGAAUUCUCAAAAAUAGAUGUGCCUUGGUUUGAUCCAUCAUUUCCCAUAACUAGCUCCCAAAAGCCAUCAAUAGCUGCUCCUGUAGCGUUGGUGAACUGGGCGUUGUCUUUAAAUUCCGUUCAUUCGUUUGACAUUCGCCUUUCCGCAUCUACUUGCUUUCAAUGCUUUGUGGAAGACAAUCAUGAUCUAAAGAUUGGGUUCAUGGAAGACCAGAUAUCAUCCUUCAUAGCUGAGGAGCACCAACAGAAAGCUGAUAUUAUUACACAAACUUCCCCGGCUGCGAAUAAGGGAGAUCCAGUCUACUUGACGAAUCUUGUUUCAGCAUUGGUACAACGCGACGAGGACAUGAAGCUCAAUCCUUAUAAGAUUUGGUUUGCUGCCUAUUUCAUGAUUUGUCUUAUCAAUGACUGUCAUGAGACAAGGAGGAUUGCUCAGCGUCUUAAAGUUGGCAAUGAAGCGUAUGGAGAAGACGUGAUGUCUUUUAUUGAAGCUCUUGCCCAAAAUUUGGUGACUGUUUGGGAGUCUACUGAUAUUCGAGUUCCUGUAGCAUACAUUUCAUUGCUUUCGUUCUGGCUAUUCGAGGAUGGCGAUGCGACGGACAAUUUUUUAAAGGACAUUCAAACAGUGAAGUCAAUUAUAUCCUGUGUCGUGAAAGAUUCCUCAGACUCUAAUGCUUUGGCGACUGGAAUGGGGUUCACGCUAAUAGGCAUCGCCUACGAGUUUUCCAGGUGUGCAUCACCAUGUCCCAGAAAAACCUUUCACGAAAUCAUAAUCAAAACUAUCGGCAUUGGGAACUACGCUCUCAAGGUCAAAAAGUUAUAUCAACAAUACUUCGAGGAAAAUAACGGCGAUAUCAUGUCACAAUCUCUUACACGAGAUGAUUUCGGGCUUCCAAAAGUAUACUUCAUCCCGCUUUACCAAAGACUCAUAAAAGACAAUUACUAUAGAAUUAAACAAGCCUUGCUACACGACCCAAAUUUGGAUCCACCAAUGCGUGUAACUUUCGAAUUAUUUGAAGACCUAGAGAUAAAGUAUCGUGACCUAAAAAAUUUGCAACAAGCAAGAGAGUCAGAAUACUGUGAGAAGGUAACCAAUCUCAAGAAUGAAGUGCUGAGAAUACAGCGCUCAUGUCAAAACACAGAGCGAGAACUAGAGAUGAAAAUAUCUGAGGUAGAAAAACUAAGGAAUCUAGUCCAACAGUAUGAAAAUUCUACUACAAUCAUGAAAGAUGACCUUGAAAAUCUUGACUCAAAGUAUGCAUCAGCAAAUAAGAUUGCUCUUGAUGCUACUUCAAAAGUUGGCGCUCUUCAAAAGGAACUUGAGCUCAUGAAGCGCUCAAAAAGUGAAUUGCUUUUGAAGUACGAGGACGUUUCAGCAAAAAAAGUUAUUGCCGAAAAUGGCAUCAACAAAAUGAACCGCGAGCUAAAAGAGUUGACUCGAUGCCUUGAGGAUGAGAGAACUCAGCUACAAGAACUGGAGUUGAAGACGAAAUCAGACUUGAUUUCAAAUCAGAGGAAGAUAAAGGAGCUUGAAGAGGAAGUGCAGCAACUUCUCUACUCACACACGGUUAUGAAUGAAAAUUAUGAUAAGAUUCGAAAAGAGUUGGCAGAGAAGAUGCAGUUUAUUGAGACGCUACAAAGCGACCUCAAAAAGAGUGAGUUCGAGAGGAAUGCGAAGAGCGAGUACGCCAAAAACGCAGUUGAAAAACUAAAAUCGGCAGCAUCGGUCAUUCAGAAUUUAAAAAUGCAAAUUAAAAUGAAGGAUGAGGUACUUAAAAAGGCUGCAGAGAAACUAUCAGCUGCUGAUGAGAAUUCUGAAGAUUCACUUAAUGCAAUUGGAUUUUCUUUGAAAGCUACACCUACUAUAUCACAGAACCCUAGCGAACAAUUCAACAAUAUCGGGAAUGAUGGAGAAGAGCUGCAUAGCAAAUUGAGGGCAGACUAUAUCCGGGAUUCUCGAAGUCCAUUAUUACAUGACGAGUAUAUGUCUGCUGAGCAAACUGCCCCCGCUAGAUGUCUGACCAGCCCCGAUUCUGGAUAUCUGAAUAUGCCCGAUAUUCGAACUCUUCAGUCCGAGUUUGACGAACUUGUCCUUCUUUGGGAACAGGAGGUAAAAAAGACAAAAUAUUAUAGGGAGAGAUUGAAGCAACAUAAUAUAGAUGUAUCUAGCGAUGAAGAAUGCUGA